ACCAAUUCGGACGCGGAUAGCUUGACCGUGGCUUUCCGAGAGUCGCAUAGCUUGAAUGCAGUACAUGGACUGUACCAACAAGAGAAGAAUACACUCACAAACAUGUUUUUCAAAGACCCACCUUUUCCUAAAUGUUUUACAUAUGUUGUUACUAUUGUCUGGGGGUUUGAUUAUGAUAGGCUUUAGUCUACUAAAAUGUAGCCAUUUAUUUUUUCGCAUAGUGUAUAUCCCCCACACCUCUCUGCUCGUGACACUGAAAACUCACCCCUCCUCUUCUCUGGUGAAAGCAAGGUAGGCUGCUGGAUUCUCAGCUGGUUCGAAGUUGGCCAGUAUGCAAUGAUGGCGUUACAUGUCAACAAUAGAGAUGCUUAUUAUCAGAGUGCCGAUUAUUACAGAAAUUCGCAGCCUUUGAACUAUGGGGAUACCAGCUAUUAUUUUUCCCGAUUACCAGGACCAGAGUCUAUGCUGAAGCCUUCACUGAGCCUAUUUGGCCAGCAGCAGCCACUGUUCCAGCCAAUGCCUCCUACACAUACCCUUGGACCCCCUCCACAGACCCUCGGACCCCCUCCACAGACCCUCGGACCCCCUCCACAGAACCUUGGACCCCCUCCACAGACCCUCGGACCCCCUCCACCAGUAGUAGUGACCCCGGAUCCCCACCGUUUCCCCCUCUCCAGUCCUCUGUCUGCCAAACCUCCCACUCACCUCCAGCUGGUGCAGGGCCCCCCCUGCCCUGUCCCACCCCCCACUGCCCAGGCAACCCUCAACAGCAGGCCCCAGGAGAAAGAUGCUCAGAUCGGGGCCACAGACCAGGAUGCUACCUUGGAGGAGCUGUGUAAGCCUCUGUACUGCAAACUGUGCAACGUCACCCUCAACUCUGCUCAGCAGGCACAGGCCCACUACCAGGGAAAAAACCACAGUAAGAAGCUGAGAAAUUUCUAUGCAGGCAGCCAGCAGCCACCUGCCAUCAGGAUUCCGGAGGUAAUAGAGCCACUUUCCCAGCAGCUCCUCAUGACUCCACCAACUGACAGUGCAACUCCCAAACAGCCGGUGUCAUUCAUGGGUGCCAGCAGGGUGAUCUUAGCCACGGAGAACGACUACUGCAAGCUGUGUGAUGCCUCGUUCAGCUCCCCUGCCGUGGCUCAGGCACACUACCAGGGCAAGAACCAUGCCAAGAGACUGCGGCUGGCUGAGGCCCAGCAAAGCAGUAGCAUCCUAGAGUCGACUGAGUGUGUCCAGAGGCGUCCGAGGAAAGAGGGGAGCGAGUACAGGUUUAUCAAGAACCGUAGGACCCCACAGGUGCCUAUUGCCGUGCCAGGCCCCUACUACAACCCCCGGCCCAGGCAGAGGAUCCCCAGGGACCUGGCCAUGUGUGUGACGCCCAGCGGCCAGUUCUACUGCUCCAUGUGCAAUUCUGGGGCCAGCGAGGAGGCCGACUUCCGCCUUCACCUGGAGAGCAAACAGCACAAGAGCAAGGUGUCGGAGCAGCGCUACCGCAGCGAGAUGGAGAAUCUGGGCUACACUUAGGAGGGCAGUGCCGCAGCACAGGGGAGGAGAGGGGAUGGAGGGUGAGGGAGGGGGAGACAACGACUAUCUUCAUCAUGCACUGUACGCUAGAGGCCAGUAGAAUGGGUAGAGACUAUGUUCUGCAGCAAAUUAAAAUGUGUGGAAGAGGAGGGUACAUUUAUGUAAUUUAUAUACAUAAACCACUCUUCCACUCUUUUCCUUAAUGUGUAUAAGUUAUUGAUCUUCUGUUCCUGUUUUAGUUUGUUAAUGUAGUGUACAUAUUUGAAUGACAUUUCUAGAAAUCUUUUAAGGUGUGCACAGAAUAUCCACCUGCUGGUACACUUGUGGAUGUUUCACUCUUGCUUGAUUCUGUUUGCCUGUACUGACCCAAGCCUGUGUGUGAUUACCAUGCAUUUUGCAUCUCAGAUGAAACCAGGGAUUUGUCCAUAUUUCACGCUGAAUUUGACCCAUAGUAGGCCUACAUGAAGAACCCACCAUGCUGUGGGGUAUAUUGGUGAAGAUUUGAUCUCACAAUCGGUUUUCUUUCCCCCGGUUUAAACCCUGUUAUGACUAGGGCCAGGGACAAUACCAGUAUUGCGAUACUUGUUAAUAGCUUGGCAAGGAAACAAAAAAUGAAGUGGGUUAAACUUCUUUAGGAAAACAACCCUAAUGUUGGAAACAAACAUCAUUAUGUUGUCAACCAGAGUCACAUUUAUUUAUUUCCAAGCUAUAGCACAUAAUAUUUUAUUUACGGCAGGUUUUUAAAUGACCAAAGAGUUUGGUCUGCUUUGUGUUUUCAUGUUUGCCACUGAAAAGAUAUUGCUAUACUGGUAUUGUCACAGCUCUAGUUAUUACCUGAGUUUCAGUAGCUGGACAUCUCUACACUACAGUAUAUGGACAUCCCUUCAAAUGAGUGGAUUCUGCUAUUUCAGCCACACCCAUUGCUGACAGGUGUAUAAAAUCAAGCACAGUGCAAUCUCCAUAGAAAAACAUUGACAGUAGAAUGCCCUUACUGAAGAACUCAGUGACUUCAUAGGAUGCCACCUUUCCAACAAGUCAGUUCGUCAAGUUUCUGUCCUGCUUGAGCUGCCCCGGUCAUCUGCAAGUGCUGUUAUUGUGAAGUGGAAACGUCUAGGGGCCACAAAAACUCAACCGUGAAGUGGUAGGUCACACAAGCUCACAGAACGGUACCGGAAAGUGCUGAGGCGCGUAGCUCGUAAAAUUGUCUGUCCUUGGUUGCAACACACUAUGAAGUUUCAAACUGCAAUGCGAGAACAAUAACUGUUUGUCGAGAGCUUCAUGAAAUGGGUUUCCAUGGCCGAUCACCUGCACACAAGCCUAAGAUCACCAUGUGCAAUGCCAAGUGUAGGCUGGAGUGGUGUAAAGCUCACCUCCAUUGGACUCUGGAGCAGUGAAAACACUUUCUCUGGAGUGAUGAAUCACGCUUCACCAUCUGGCAGUCCGAUGGAUGAAUCUGGGUUUGGCAGAUGCCAAUGCAUAGUGCCAAUUGUGAAGUUUUGUGGGAGGAGGAAAUAUGGUCUGGAGCUGUUUAUCAUGGUUCGGGCUAGUCCCCUUAGUUCUAGGGAAGGGAAAUCUUAACGCUACAGCAUAGUAUGAUGUUAGAGACGAUUCUGUGCUUCCAACUUUGUGGCAACAGUUCAGGGAAGGCCCUUUUCUGUUUCAGCAUGACAAUGCCCCUGUGCACAAAGCAAGGUCCAUACAGAAAUGGUUUGUCGAGAUCAAUGUGGAAGAACUUGACUGGCCUCCACAGAGCCCUGACCUCAAUUCCAUUGAACACCUUUGGGAUGAAUUGGAACACCGACUGCGAGCCAGGCCUAAUCGUCCAACAUAUUGAUGCCCAUGAUUUUGGAAUGAGAUGUUCGAAGAGCAGGUGUCCACAUACUAUUGGUCAUGUAGUGCAUUUGUAGUAGAGGAAAGAAAAGUUAUAUACCUGACUUCUACCAGACCAGGAGGCAGUUUUCCAAAAACAUCUUGUUGUCUAUAGUUUAUAGAGAACUACAGGGAUGUGACUACAGUAGGAUCCUAUGGUUCAAACGAUGAACUUAGCCUUAAGAUGCUUUUGGGAAACCGGGUCCAGGUGAAUGUACUGUGAUUGCGGUGACAAUUAUUUCCCCCAGCAGGCUUUGCACAAACAAACUAUGUAUAUUUUUUAAUUUAUUUACUAAAUCUGACUGACUGUUCUCUUUCCUUAUGCAUGUUUACAUGGGUUUGGUACGAUUCCAAGCAUCCUGAACAUCCCAGUAAACUCAGCCUUUUGUCCUGGUCCCUUAUUAUUUUUGGAUGCUAUAAAAGCCAGCUGCUGUAAGCUCCUGACUUCCCUAUGGGAGGUCUGCUCUCCGAAAGCAGAGUACCUCAGGAGAAUACAGAGCAGGACUAUUUUUAAUUGGGUGUUCUUAGGGUUAUUUCCACAAGGCCUCUAUUCUGUCUCAUUUAGAGCAAAGGGAGUUUAGGAUUUUAUACAAGCCCAAUUUGUUCAGAUGAGAACCACAACCAAAGCUUGAGUUCAUAUUCCUAUAUAUCUGCCCCUUAAAGGGGCAAUCAGCAGUUGCUACAUCAAUCUUUGGACUUACAAAUAAUUAUAUGUACCCAUUGAUUCUUGAAGAAUAUAACUUAGCUUCAUGAGCUUAAUUUAGCUUUCAUACUCCAUCACAAUCCAACAUAUAAGCUUGUUUUACUCCAAUGUUUGUAAACAAUGUAAAUGUUAACAAACACUUUUUAGCCUCGAAACAUUGUUGAAACUAUAAUUUUACAUCCAUGAAUUUGAGAGAGAUGACAUUUUUUUAGCACCAUUCCUCAGUGUUUUUACCGAAACAGUGGCCGGGAAAACACUUUGUUAUUGUUUCAACUGCUGAUUGGCACAUUAACAAAUAAAUCGAGGCAUUCAUCAUUGGGUUACACUGGGCCUCUGAUCAUUUGCUUUUCUGUAUCAUAAAUGCCCUUGUAAACUAUUUUAAUAUAGCCUUUUUUGUUGCUCUUGACCAUAGUUUCUUUGUUUUAAUUUAAGGAGUGUAUUUUUAUCAGUAUUAUUAUAUAUAUUUUUUAAAUUGUUUAUAUGAUUUAUAUCGUUUUCUAUUUAUGAGUGUUUGUUUUUUACAGACAAUUAGCUGUAUAAAAAAAAUCUACUGUUAUCUAAUGUAGUUGAGCUUCAUGUGCAACAUCACUUUAUUUGUACACAAAUUAUUAUGUUAUAAUAUUUCACUGUAUAAAUUAUGUUUGUGAAAUUUACAUUUGUGCAUGAUAUUAUUAGAAUAUAAAUAUAUUUAAUUAUUCAGAAUAUCCUACUAGUGGGAGUGUAGGAACUAGGCCAAUUUUCCAGAGAUAGAGACGGGACCAUUAUAUUGGACACAAAGUACUGAAUGGGAAUGAGUUACAUUAGUAUUGCACUUGUUGUUAUAGAGGAGAUGGUGGAGUUUUAUACUGAUUUGCUUUGAUUCAUGUUAUUUGUUGAAGUUCUAUUGAUGCGUCUCGAUCUGAUUCAUACCAAAUGUUUACAGAGAGUGGUCUAAAGGGAAGUCGAUCACAUUUAAUGUUGGAUCCAUCCAGGGCCAGCUCUAGGGGCCCUAAGCGUGAUUUGGUUGGGGGCCCCCCUACCUCAUGCCUACAAAUUUUAGUGGCCCUCCUCUUGAGGGUGGAGAAUAAAAGUUUUAAAGUUAAUUUCCUGCUAUUCUACACAUUUUGCCAUGGGGUGUAGAGAUAAUGUUGCAGUUUUAAAGCAAGUUUACUGCAAUUCUACUCAUUUUGCCACGGGGUGGAGAGAAUGUUUUGCUGUUUUAAAGCUAAUUUCCUGCAAUUCUACACAUUUUGCCAUGACUUGUGCCAUGUUAAUAUAUCUGAGUGAUAAUGACUAACAAAAUCAAUGGGGGCCCCUUGGAGUUCAGGGCCCCUGGGCACGUGCCCUGCAUCCCAGUCGGUAUUAGGCCAUGAUUACUACAAGUUUAGAUAGUCUAGCCAGCUAACUACCAAUCUUAAAACUGUCAGCUAACAUGUCUAAUUGAGUGACUGACAUAACAAGAGAAAAACAUCUGAUGCACAAUCACAUUUCUAAAUUGCACCUGAUUCUACUAUUCUUACUCUUCAAAUCAAAUUUCACAUGCGUCAUAAAACAACAGUGAAAUGCUUCCUUACGGGUCCUUUUCCAACAAUGCAGAGUAAUCUUCCAGUCAUCUUAAAUUCACUUUUUUCAAAUGCUGCUUUAAUACAUAUUCAGUGCCUCUGAACAUGACUUUUGUGAUGGACUGCAGCCAGGGCUGUGUUUUUCUUGGGAGUUCAAACCAAUGUAAUUAAAUGGGCUGCAUUGAUCAUGUUACGCAUGAAGUGAUCUACUUCAUCUGGUUCAUCGCUCAAUUUAACCACCCAGAGCAAGGAAGCCCUUUCUAUUUGGAACUAGCACAGCAGCUGAAUUAACCACUUUCAUAAUGAUACCUUUGAAGUCAUAAUAUUAUGCUAGUUUACAAUGAUGUAACAUACACACUCCCAUUUUAAGUGGUAUCUCCCAAAACUUCAAGGAACUUCCUCAGAGUGUAUAUUGUGGGUCUGAGUGCAAUUCAUUAGUUUAAUGUGAGUAGUCAUAUCUCAUUCAAUGCCCUAUUUCUGUUAUAGUAAGUGGAGUUGUGUUUGACUGCUGCUACACAUCCAUCCAUACUAGGCUGUGCAGGCUGUGUUGGCUGUGCUAGUAGCUGUAGCUGUGCAGGCUCUGCUCUGUCCUCUGUGGCGUUAGUCAGGAGCCAUUCCUUGCUGGGCGUAGUGUAGUGCUGCAGCAGCACAUCUGUUUGCCGCUCUAUCAGGAAGUGGUGACCCGGCAUGGGAACUUACCCCAGGGAGAUCCACACAGGCACAACAAACACUCUCCAAAUGGAGCUCUGUGUAUUCAGGCCAUUAUGGAUAUCCUCCUCUCCUCAGCUACGUAUGGCUGGCUCUGAGUUUUAUCUCUUUAUCUGCUGCUCAGAAAUAUCACCUCUCUAAAAUAGAUGGUUUUUAUAAAUGUCAGAGAUAGUAAACUAUAUCUAGGGAUAAGGGAAUAAAAUAAGUGUUAGCUGCAGUGCCUUUCUAAUGCCACACAAUUUCAUAUCAUGGCUGCCUUGGGCGCAAACAUGAUUCUUCAGAACAAUCAACUUAAUUUCCAUUGGAGGAAGAAAUAUCGCUGCUGGUGCAAUAUGGACAAUAUGUGAUCCUAAGGCACCAAUUCAUUUGGAUUGACUUCCCUUUAGAGAAAAUAAUUGAAUAACGCAUUGAAUGUAUGUAUAUUUGAAGAAUAACAGAAUGAAAACAGUUGUUUUAGAAACUAUUGGAACACUUAUUUUAGUCACUGUACAAUAUUGGCUAACUAUUUAAUAAAAAAUGUUAUACUUGUUA